AUGAAGUCCUACGCCUCCCUCAUCGUCCUUUCCCUCCUAGCAACUACCCAAGCCUCAGUCCUGAGCACCACCAAUAUCGCGACCGUCCUCGCAGGCGCCACUUCUCAAUCCUCUCUCACCAUUCCUGCAGAUGCUAUGGCAGCAAUAGCAAAACUGGGCACAGGAGGCGUCAAUGCAUCGACACUCACAGCAGCAGACAAAGCAGCCAUUGCUUCUUGUACCACAACUGCGCAAGCGAACAACACUGCGAGCAAGGCAGGAUUGGGAGGAGGAACUGGAAGCGCCGGAAACAUUGCUUUUGUUACGAAUAAGAUCACGACUCAUGCUUGUGAGAGUGCUGGACAGCAGAUCUCUGGGACGGGGAGUGAUACUGAUAUCAAUCUGUUAAUUUCGAAUGUUGGCGUGCUGAAUGCGAACACGGAUGCUGCUGGAAUAGCGAGUAAAAGAGCUGUUGUAUUUUCUGGUUGA